CUAAUGGUCUGUGUCUCCUUUGUCAAAUAUUUGUCUGGUUCUGCUACUUUGAAGGGCCUAGAGACAUUUUACCGUGCUAAUGGCCAUGUGUGAUCCAAGCUGUUUUUGCUGUGGUGAUCAGAGGAUGCAUCCUCAUUAAGGUGUGGCUUCAUUAGUAGUGCCAGGCUGUGAUUACCACUUAUAGUUAUCUUCCACUCCUCUGCAGUUGUCAGCACUGCAAUGCACCUGACUGAAGCUUGUUUCUGUGACACGUUUUAAGUAGAUGAAGAUGGAUGUGAGACUGCCUGCUACCUCAAUGAAUUUUCCAGCCUCUUCCCAAUUACGGUCUGCCCAGAGGCGAUGAUUUAGCUUCUUCAGUUUUAGCCUAGUCAAGCAUAAUCGUUGGCGAGAAACAAUUCCUGGCCCCGAAAGAAAAGAAAGACUGCGUUUUUCUGGCGCCUUCCGCAGCCUCAGGAUGUGCCAAAGCACUUCACAGCCAAUGAACGUCAUCCUUUGAAGUGCCGUGGCUGCUGUAAUGUAGAAAAUGUGGAAGUCCAUUUGUACAAGAGCGGGACUCAAACCCACAACCCUCCUAACCAGAGUUGAGGAGCAAAAAGUCGUAGCGAAGCGUAAAGCAUAACUACGGCAGGCUGCGGUACAACGUCGCAGAGGAAGUCCCCAGGAGUACGGACGGCUCUAGAAAGGACUUUUGCGGUAAAUCUAGCCAAACGCAUCGUCGUGAAAUAUAUAUUCAGCGGAAUUUUGCACACCGGCGGUGGCCCCGCCCCACAUCUCGAAAGUCAGGGGUGAGCCCGCCUCUGCGCAGCUGGGAAGCCCCAAGCUGGUUUUACAGCCUUCGGGUCCUUAAUUGGCUCGGGGCGAGACAUCACACCACCCCCCGUUGCCCCGAUGAGGGAGGAAGUCCUGCUUCCGACAGCUGCUGUUCAAUCAGAUGACCGGCAGCUAUCUAGUCCCAGCAGCACCGCCAGGAGUAGUGGUCAUUGCUGGAACCUCAGGCAGUCCCCAGCGAAGAGCAUCGUGGGAACUGGAAAAUAAGCACUGCCGCCGUGGGGUCUUGCUGUGCACAAGCUGAUUGCUGUGUCUGCCGGUAUAAUGGGUCGUGACCGCUCUACAAAAAGCGAUUCAUUGGCAGUGAAACUGCGAGAUGUCAGGAGGAUGUGGAGCAGCUGUUUGAAAAGAGUUUAUUUAGUGCCUGAAUCCACUGCUUUGAAUGAAUGUGAUUGCGAGCUGGCCUGAAAUUCAGUUGAACUCUAUUAUUACAGGAUGGACACACAAUGAAGUCCCUUACAACCGGCAACCUGAUGCAAAUCCUGUGGAAAGAGAUAAUUCACUGAGCAAAUGGUCAAUCUAUGGAACGAGAUUUCCAGGGAGAUGAUGGAAGUUUAAUCAUGAUUCAUUUAAAUGUAAAUUAGAGACAUUUCUCCCAGCAAAUAACAUUUUGGGCUCCAGUAUCUGUGCAAUUGGAGAUAUGACAUGUUGUGAGCGGAGUGGUUCGGAAGGAACAGUCCCCACAGUGCCUCAGCGAGGAGACAGUGGAUGGGGCCGUUUAUUCAGUGACGCAACGGCAAGUGCAGCUCCAGCAGGCAGCGAGCAAAGGGCAACAAUGGCUGGGGAUGGAAAACGAGUUGGUUGGCACCACGUGCGAAACAGUUAAAAUCCGGUCGAUCAAGGUCGGAACGCUCGAGAAGAUUGUGCAGCACCUCCUUGAGGCCUUUGAUUGCGGUGACCCCUCUUACGUCUCUGUCUUCCUUGCCACCUAUCGAGCCUUCACUACGACCCAGGAGGUUCUGGAACUGCUGCUCAACCGCUUGUGUCAUUGCAGGUUGGAAAGUUUAAAGCAAGAACUAGGGGAGAAUGCAGAUUGCUGUUCGUUAAAUGCAUGGGAUCGUCUUCGCCAUGCGGCUUCCUCUGUUUUUUCCACGUGGCUGGAACAGUAUUCUGAAGAUUUUCAGGGGUUGGAUCGAGCCUGCUUGAAGCGCCUGGAGCUUUACAUAAAACAGGAGUGUGGGGGCUCGGAGCUGGAGCGUCGAGCUGACGAUCUCCUGUCGCAGAAUGAGAAGUUGUCCAGCAGCGAUGCUCGAGACCACGGGGGCGACGAGCUGACCCAGACUGAGGAGAACGGGACCAGGCCCCAGCACAAGCAGGACGCAGCUGACAUCCUUACCUUCACGGCAGAUGUGACGGCCUCGCAGCUCACCAUGAUAGAUGCGGAGCUUUUCAUGAAGGUGGUCCCGUAUCACUGCCUGGGGUCCAUCUGGUCGCAGCGGGACAAGAAGGGGAAGGAGGACCUCGCCCCCACCAUCUGGGCCACUGUCCGACAGUUCAACAAACUCACCAACUGUGUCAUCAGCUCCUGUCUGAACAACACGAAGCUGAGGCCACUGCAACGGGCACGCAUCCUGGAGAAGUGGAUCCGGGUGGCAGAGGAGUGCAGGGCUUUGAAGAACUUUUCCUCACUCUAUGCCAUCAUUUCUGCCCUGCAGUCGAACUCCGUCCACAGACUGAAAAAAACAUGGGAGGAGAUUCCCAGGGAAGUCUAUCGGAGUUACAACGAGUUGUCGGAGAUCUUUUCGGAGAAGAACAAUUAUUCCCAGAGCCGGGAGCUGCUGAUUAAAGAAGGAACUUCAAAGUUUGCCACGUUGGACAAGAAGCAUCUGAAAAAGCCAAAAGACCACAAAGUUCCAAAUGUAGUUCAGGGCACAGUGCCGUACCUUGGGACCUUCCUAACAGACUUGGUUAUGUUGGACACUGCAGUGAAGGAUUAUGUGGAGAAUGGGUUAAUUAACUUCGAGAAGCGGAGAAAGGAAUUUGAAAUCAUCGCCCAGAUUAAACUCCUCCAGAAAGCCUGCAAGAAUUACAGCUUUGAGAAGGAUCCGGACUUCCGGAACUGGUUCUACAGCCUGGAGACACUCAGUGAGACUGACAGUUACAAGUUGUCGUGCGAGGUCGAGCCGCCCGCGGAAGUGACCAGUGCUCCCUCAAAGCCUCGGCCGACAUUAAUCAUCACGCACUGCAAUGACCCCCCCUCUGGCCAGAACAGCCCCACAGUGUUUACUGGCGGCUUAGCACCAUGGGAUGUACCCGGCUCACCGACGCCAGACCCGGACUGCACCUCCGAAUUUGCUGGGCUCAAGGAGCACUCGUUCAAACCGAUUAACGCGUUGCUAUGCAAGGUUGCCCGGCACACAAAGUUCCCCUCGGUCUCCUCCCUGGACUCUGCCGGGAUUGACCCAAGCCCGACCUGCCCUCCUUCCCCCUCCACUUUGUCUCCCACAGCCACCUUUGUCAAAGGGCACAGGCGGUCUGCGUCCUGUGGCGCCACAUAUGUGCCCCCGUCUGCACCCAUAGGCUCGCCACAGUCUGACUGCCGAAUCAUCCGUGUGCGUCUGGACGUCGCCAAUGGAAACUUGUACAAGAGCAUUUUGGUGUCCAGCCAGGACAAAACCCCUGCCGUCAUAGGGAAGGCUGUGGAAAAGCACAACCAGGAUGCCAAUGCAGCCACGUCUUACGAACUGGUGCAGCUCAUCUCUGAGGACAAAGAGUUCACCAUCCCGCAUAAUGCCAAUGUCUUCUAUGCCAUGAGUUCCACCAGCAUUGACUUCAUUCUGCGGAGAAAGGGCUACCCUUCACCGAAAUUGAGAAUGGAGCAUGGUUCCCCCUUCCCGAAGAUGAGGUCCAAAGGGAUGAAGAUUGCCAAGACCUUGUUUUAAAGGCCCUUUGGGAACUGAAGAUUUCUGACUGUGGAAGUAAAUUGUCGAUACGUAGCCUGGCAGCUCACUGAGGCUGAAGAUGACAUAGCGUGUGCUGAUGAAAGUGAGUUGCCAUGGCCAUGGAGGACGGUGGAGCAUUUUCCAAUUUAAGCCAGGUGGAAGUACAUAGCACUAAAUUUAGGGCGUUUUUUUUUGACGGGAGAAAAUAAGCUUUGCUUGCUUAUGGGUCAUUGUUAUCUUCAAUGGAACCUUGUUCGCUCAGCACUGGAUAAAGACCAUCAAGUCUUCAAUUUAGGACUUUCAAUGUUCAGUAAUCAGAGGAUGGGUGUAAACCUAAAAGUUCAGACCUCUCUCUGCCCUGGAACCAGUGGGGGUGAAUUCACUUUGAUCCAUGCAGAAGAAGCCUUCACGUUUCUCUGGAAGAAGCCUACUUUGUGUUUGCGGAGGCAGUAGGAGGUUCCUUUGGAACUCAAACACAGAUGGAACUCUCUGAAGUAAGGAGAAGCUCUUUGACUUAAGUGGGGCAGCUGUGUCCUUCCUGCCAGAGAUUUGAUUGCCAUAGUCAAGGCUGUGUGGGUGUGGAUUAACCCAUGGAGGCGGGAAUAGCAAUAAGAGGACACCUACCCCUUUCGUCCCAGUGCAUUUCUUACUCCGCAGGAGCCCACGAAGGGAUGUAGACUUUCUGUAUCUGUAAAUGGAAUCUGAAAGCACCUUCCUGUAAUAUGAAAGCUUUUCAUUCUUAACCUGUGAUGCCAGAAAGUACAAAUUCCUCGCGCAAACCCUGUACUUUUGCCUUGGCCUCCAAAGUGGCCAUACCCCGUCUCCACUGCAACCUUGUUGUUACUCUUUCAUCGUUUGGCUGCUGGACAAAGUAUUUAACCUUUUGGAAAACAAUACCUGUGAACAGACUAAGAGCCUUGGACAUUCACUAUGCUGUUGGCCAAAGUGGUUUGCACUGUUUCUCACUGCUCACCAGCUUGACGAUCCCGUUUCAUGAGCCAAGUGUUGAAUAAUCACCGACCCAGUGGAAAACAGAUCCAGACCCCUCCCCACCCCACACACACUGACUCCUGACCCGAGACAAUAUCCCGUCCUCAAUCAUUCCACCACCAAGGCGACAACUCCCUUUUCUGCAACGCCAAUCCUGAACCUCUUCCACUGCACCGUCAUUCAGAAUCCCUGCCGAAGAACUUGGAGCUGCCGCGGGUUAACGGUGGGGCAAUAGCGCAACUGCGAUAAAUGGACCGUAUCUGACAGCAGCAGCACUGGCAGAGUUAGUCAAGAGGUGCUUUCCAGGCCAGGGUGAGCUGCAUCGCUGCCCUUUCCUGGGAACACCUCACUGAUCCGACCAGACGAAUGUUUAUGGGUCAGGGCAGUCAUGGGCCGACAGACAAGUCCUUGAUUGGCGCUCAUCGACAGCGGAAUGACAAGAGGCCUGCCGGUCAUGUUUAUGCGUACCAUCUUAGAGCCAAAUCCAACAGCAGCAGCAGCAGAAGUGCCUUUCGGCUCCACCGCACCUGCAGCUACCUGCCCCCAGCUCGGCCACUUAUCCGAUGUCUUCUGUUGGGUGUUUCAAAACCUCCAGACAAAUCUGACUUUAUUGAGAGCAAUGUGUAGGGACACUGUUCGACAGGGGGGGGGGGGAAGAGUUUCCCCAGUUCAGUGCCGAUCAUGCUUCAAGGAAGUCCUUCGGUGGCAGGCAUGGAUUAUCACUACACUGACAUGAGGCCGACUGCGCGAAUGGGCCUCCGAUAACACUAAAGGUACCAGCACCGUCCACAGGAUGCAGAAGCUGUGACGCCACCUCCCUCUGCCACUGGCAACGAUGGACUAAAGCUGCCCCCUACGGUGACUGACGGCAGCCUAUCCGCUCCCUCCCUCCUCCACUCCCCAUUGCAAUGUCAGUUUGUUCUCCCCUCCUGCCUCCCUCUGGAGUGCUGGUGAAAGGAGGUCCCGAGGCCAGACGGCACUUCAGCCACAGAAUA